GGCAGCUGUUGCGCCGCGAGGGGGCAGCUGCGGAGUUCCAUAACCAUAGCAACCGCAUCAGCACCGCGGCGGCGGCGCGGGCAGCAGCGCUCGCUCCUCCUCCAGGCAGCCUCGCCGCGGGCACCGGAGACCCAGCUCGCGGCCGCCCGGACCCCGCGGAGCGCCCACCGCCGCUGCGGAGAGCCGGCAGGGAGCGAGCCGGCGCGGCCCGGAGCCGAGGGGAGCCCUGCAGCGGGAGACAGGUAAUGAACCAAAAAGAUCAUGUCUGAAGUACAAGGAACGGUUGAGUUUUCUGUAGAGCUACAUAAAUUUUAUAAUGUGGAUCUCUUUCAGAGAGGGUAUUACCAGAUCCGAGUGACCUUGAAGGUGUCCUCAAGGAUCCCCCACAGACUGAGCGCCUCCGUCGUCGGGCAGACAGACGGCAACAGCCUGCACUCCGCCUGCGCCCACGAGAACGCCGUGCACAGCCGGAUCUUUCAGAUCUUAUACAGGAAUGAAGAGGUGCCCAUCAAUGACGCCGUGAUCUUCCGAGCUCAUCUGCUCUUAGACGGAGAAAGGGUGGAAGAGGCACUAAGUGAAGUCGAUUUUCAGCUCAAGGUGGAUCUCCACUUUACAGACAGUGAACAGCAGCUGAGGGACGUGGCGGGGGCACCCCUGAUUAGCAGCCGCACGCUCGGCCUGCACUUCCACCCCCGGAGAGGCCUGCACCACCAGGUCCCCGUCAUGUUCGACUAUUUCCACCUGUCGGUGAUCUCGGUGACCAUCCACGCGGCCCUGGUGGCUCUGCAGCAGCCCCUGAUCAGUUUUACCCGUCCGGGAAGAGGGUCCUGGCUUGGUAAAGGCGGCCCAGACGCGGGACCGGAGCAGUCCAGCCUCUCUCUGGAGAACCUGGUCUUCGGAGCUGGGUACUGCAAGCCGACUUCCUCGGAGGGGAGUUUCUAUGUGCCCUCGGAGAACUGCAUGCAGCACGCACACAAGUGGCACCGAGAGCUGUGCUUCCUGCUCCUGCACGCCUACCGGGGGCUCCGCGCCUACUUCCUGGUCAUCAUGAGGGACGUCCCCGAGCUGCCGCACACGGAGCUGGAGUCCCUUGCUGUUGAGGAAACGCUUUCUCAGUUGUGCUCCGAGCUACAGGUGUUGAACAAUCCAGAGAAGAUCGCUGAGCAGAUAAGUAAGGAUCUCGCCUGGCUCACCUCCCACCUGAUGGCUCUCUGGACCCAGUUCCUAGACACGGUGACUCUGCACUCCCAGGUGACCACUUACCUCACCCAGGAACAUCACACCUUGAGGGUCCGAAGGUUUUCUGAGGCCUUCUUUUAUAUGGAGCACCAAAAAGUUGCAGUCCUGACCUUUCAGGAAAAUCUGAUACAGACCCACAGCCAGCUGUCUCUGGACAUCCGGAAUUCAGAGUAUCUCACCACCAUGCCCCCGCUGCCCGCGGAGUGUCUGGACAUCGAUGGUGACUGGAACACCCUGCCGGUUAUCUUUGAGGACAGAUACGUGGACUGCCCUGCAACAGGGCACAGUUUGAGUGUUUCCCCUAAUUUUGAUGUUCAAACAAGUCCCGCAAUAAUGAAUCUGAAAGACAGAGAAGAGAGCCCUGUUGUAAAUAGAAAAUCACCUUUCAGGGAAGACCUUGUCUCGCCCGCCAUGAAACCACCCCAGAUGGACUCUGACGAGGAAGUUCUGAGGUGUCCAGAGGCAGAUGACAGUGCAGCUACACCAAAACACGCGGAUGUGUGCUCCGAAUCUCAGGUGUAUCUGACAAUCGGUGAGGUCCAGAACAAGGCGGGUUUGCCUGAAGAUGAAUGUUGGGCUGGCCCGAGGGCCGAUGUUGGAACACGUCCCCUGGCAGAUGAGGACCUGCCCAGAAGGAGGCCGGGUCCAGAGGAUGGCCAGCCCCCGGUACUCACCUACAUUGAUGUGAAAUCUAGCAAUAAGGACCCGUGCGGCCCUGAACCCACGGUGGUCGUUAGUGCUCAGCACGAGAGUGGGCACUCCCGAGAUAACUAUGAACCCGCCAGAACUGUGCCGGGCAAGGAGGUAUCAGGUACAAGUCGUCCACAUGCCAUCUCUUCAGAGAAAACAACACUCCGUGAGUUAAGUCCUCUAGGAAAGGUUGCAGACCGAGAGGGCAAGGUGGUGCUGCUAAGCCUGAAGCUCAUCCCCUCUGAGCCCUGCGAUCCACUGAACUCUGCUUUGAGGGAUCCCUUGGAUGUUAGGGCUUCCCCAAAGGACCCUCCCUCAGAGGAGCAGGAGGAAGUGUCAGUGCUCUCCGGGGUGAUAAAGAGAUCUUCUUCCGUCGUCUCCGAUUCAGGCAUUGAGAGUGAGCCGAGCUCUGUCGCUUGGUCCGAGGCGCGAAGCAGGGCCCCGGAGUUACCCAGCGACCGGGAAGCCUUGCAACAUCUGCUUCGAAGACACGGCCUGCACAGGAACUCCUUGGAGGGCGGACACACGGAGAGCAACACGAGUUUGCCGAGCGGGAUCCAGGCGUCCCUCACCUCCAUUAGCUCUUUGCCUUUUGAGGAGGAGGAACGGGAGUUGGCCCUCACCAAGUUGACCAAGUCCGUAUCUGCACCCCAGAUCAGUAGCCCGGAGGAGUCUGCUGGAGACACAGACACCAUGCAGCAAGGUGGACCUCUUGCUGAAAGUUGCACCGUGCCCGUCGAGACCAUAGACUCCCCGGGAUCCAGGACGCGGGACGCUGGGACACAGGUGGUUUCAGGUGCCGACAACCAGCAGGGCCCCGGUUACAUAGACAUCCCCAAAGGUAAAGAGAGUCAGUCUGAGCCUCAAGGACCGUGCUGUCUUGAUGGCAGGACGGAGAACCCUCCAGGUGUGGAAACCAAAGGUCUUCAUUUAAAAAUACCGCGAAUCAUAGCCCUUGAAAACCCUGGGAAUGGAUCUUUCCCUAGAGUACUAAAGGAGACCCCAAAGGGCAUGCCUGAGGACUUGAAACUGGAGAAAGGAGCUGGUUCCCACGGCAGCAUCUCAGAUGAUGAGACUGUUGCCCACCGUACGGUGCCUGCGUUGAACUAUACCGCAGUUGCUGACGCCGUCGACCUGGGCUCAGCAGGCAAGCAGAGCAGCUCACCUUGUAUCAUGGAUGAUGCAGAGUUCAGCAAGGGAGCCAACGCUGUCCUGGAGGCUGGGCGUGAAGCGGGCACUGCGUGCCCCACCGUGACCCACUCCGUUCACUCCCAGGUCUUAGGAGACCAAGAGCCAAGGGCAGGCACUUCCGUUAUGGUGUCCCACCUGCCCCCGACAGAGACCUUCACCCUGGACAGCCUGAAAGCCGUGGAGGUCGUCAACCUGUCCGUGUCUUGCACUGCCACGUGUCUCCCUUUCUCGUCUGUGCCCAAGGAGACCCCUGCCAGGGCCGGAUUCGCUUCCAAACAGACCCCAUUGCCCAUCACUCACCAGCCUUUGGGUUCCUUUGGAGUCGUUUCCACUCAUUCCAGCAAGUUGGAGGAAGAAGUCAGUGAGAGGAUGUUCAGUUUUUAUCAGGCCAAAGAAAAAUUUAAAAAAGAACUGAAGAUUGCUGGAUUUCUGUACAGUGACUUAUCUGUACUAGCUUCUGAUAUACCGUAUUUCCCACCAGAGGAAGAGGAAGAAAAUUUGGAAGAUGGGAUUCACCUGGUAGUCUGUGUCCAUGGCCUAGAUGGGAACAGUGCUGACCUCCGCCUGGUGAAGACUUUCAUAGAGCUGGGACUUCCGGAAGGAAAGCUGGACUUCCUAAUGUCCGAGAAGAAUCAGGUGGACACAUUUGCAGACUUUGAUACCAUGACAGAUCGCUUGUUGGAUGAGAUCAUUCAGCACAUCCAGCUGUACAACCUCUCCAUAUCCCGAAUUAGCUUCAUCGGCCACUCCCUUGGCAACAUCAUCAUCCGGUCGGUCUUAACGCGGCCCCGGUUCCGGUAUUACCUCAACAAACUGCACACAUUCCUGUCGCUGUCCGGGCCUCACCUGGGGACCCUGUACAACAACAGCACGCUGGUUAGUACAGGCUUGUGGCUCAUGCAGAAAUUAAAGAAAUCCGGGUCCCUUCUGCAGCUCACCUUCAGGGAUAAUGCUGAUCUACGCAAAUGUUUCCUCUACCAACUCAGCCAGAAAACAGGUCUGCAGUAUUUUAAAAAUGUCGUGCUGGUAGCUUCUCCCCAAGAUCGCUACGUGCCAUUUCAUUCAGCCCGGAUCGAGAUGUGCAAAACUGCCCUCAAAGACAGACACACGGGGCCCGUGUACGCGGAGAUGAUCAAUAACCUUCUGCGCCCUCUGGUUGAGGCCAAGGACUGCACUUUGAUCCGACACAACGUGUUCCACGCCUUGCCCAACACUGCCAACGCCCUGAUUGGUCGCGCCGCCCACAUCGCCGUGCUGGACUCAGAGCUCUUCCUGGAGAAGUUCUUCCUGGUGGCGGGGCUCAAAUACUUCAAGUAGUAGGGGGCGGGGGCCUUGCCGGAAGCCUGGCUAUCUGCAAGAGCUUUAGCUGAGACGUCCUUGUACAGCCCGCUGCCACUCCAGGAAGAGCUCGGAGAGGAAGGCACCCAGGCAAGGAGGGUGGGGUGGGACCGGCCAUUCGAGGUGCUUCCAUUUUGGAGAUGUGGGAAAGCUGAACCAGUAUGGUAACGCAGAAGACAAGACUUUGCCCGAACCUGUCUAGCCACCUGGAGUCUCCUUCAAGAUAUGGAGGGAAACUAUGACAAAAUAAAGCAACAGAAUACUUGGGA